AUGGAGCAAUCAGCUCAAAACCCCAUGCAGGGGUUACCUCAUGGGAAUUCUGCACUAUCCACAGAUUACUGGAGCACGCUUGAUCCCGCCUACCCCGAUCCUGAGCAGCAGCUUCAGCAGCCAUCUCAACCCCAACACCAACCUCAACAGCAACACGAGUCUUCAUCGCAACAAACACCUCUUGGCAUUGGAUGGGACCAUCCUGUUUUUCAACAGCAACAGAGAGAGCUAGCCCCACGACCAGAGCCAAAUCAUGGCAUCUACUCGUCAGUGCAUCAGCCUUGGCAGCAAACAAAUCCUCUGCAACAGCCGCCGCAACGAGGAUAUGGAGCUUCGCCCCAGUAUCAAAUACAUCCACAAGCUGCUCACUUCCAGCAGGGACAGAUGUCUUUUGACUCUCGUCCCCUGAGUGCCUCCGAAUCUUCGGCAUUUCCGUCAUUUUCCUACCAGCCAAAUUACUUCCAUCCACAACACCCACACAUCUCAGUGCCAGAUACUUUUCCUGAAGCACCUACACAGCAGAGAAUACAGCCACGGCCACAGCAACAAACCCAGGCCUCAAUUUCUUCAUACCCUUUACCUCAAGGCUACUCCUCAGAAAUGCUGCAAAACACAAUUGAUUUGACCAACGAUUACCCUGAUUCAGAUCCAAAUGUUACCAUUAACCCCCAGUUCCUUAAUUCCACCCCACAGGCAUUCAACCAACAGCAGUCGUCAUUAGCAAGCAACUUUCUUCAGGGAAUCCCUGCAGACUUCCAACGGCAAGGGAGUGAACAGGCCAGGCUAUUCAAUUACUACCAGCAUGAUCUUUCAGUUCAGUCGCAAAUGACACCAACUGGCAGCCAUGUGAUUCUCCCUAGAGUACCGCAAGUUGUAAUCGCCAAUAAGAAGGGAGCUUAUAACAAGCAGCAAGCAAAGACGACUUCUGUACAUGACCAAACGAGGACUGUGUCUGACUCAGAAAGUGAAAGUUCGGAUGAAUCUGAUCUUGAGAUUGAAGCACCUGACGAGCCGUCCCCAAUCCCUGCGAUCCGCCCGACUGAGCCCGAGGCUGCAGCACAAUACGAUACCCUCCAAGCCGUGUGGUCGCCAAGGAACAAAUGGCCUGGUCCUGAUAAGCUCAAAAAUGCACUUGUAGCCUACAAAGAGCUUGUCAAAUCAUUGAGAGAUGCAUGGAAGGAACAAGUUCAGGCCAUGAAGCUAGCCGAAAACCAAGAGGACAACCAGAAAGCGACGAAGCUUAAAGAAAAGGUCAUUUUGCAGCGUCGCACCAUGGAUAAAAUUGCGAUCACAACCCUUGAAAUGGGCCAUCCUAAUAUUGUUGAGAAGCUGGGAGAGCAUCCCAUGGUUGUGGCAGCUCUAUAUUCCUUCUUGGUCGAUCGUUUCCAGGCAGCAGACUUUGCUGGGACUCUGACCAUUAAUUUGCUUGAGCUCUUCUCGCGUUUCUCAACCUUGACAGAAGACCUGAUGCAAAAGACCAAUCUUUCCAAAUUGUUGCCAAAGUUCCUUAAAAAAGGUGGCCAGCAGGUGAAGGACCUCACACAAAAGAUCCUAGAUAAUGCCGCAGCCUCUACGAAGCGUAAGCAGGAGAGUGAAAAGCCUAACAAGGAAGAGUCGCAUCCAAAGGGCCUUUCAGCAGACCAGCAUAAGGGAGACGCUGGAGUGAAGCGACCCCGCGAGGUGGAUAGCAAUCUGCAACCUGGCGCAAAACGAAUGGCAGUUACCAACAACUUGAAGGAUGCGAAUAAACUUGCACCCGCAGGCAAUGGACCGGCCAAAGGAGCGCCAAGUAGUAAGCCGACUGGCGCUGCAGUGCUGCGCCCUAAACCCAAUAUUGUGGCCCCCAAGCCAACAAGUCUCUUUGGCACUCUAAGCUCAGCGUCAAAGAGACCUGGGACCACAAAUGCGGAUAGGGCUGCCGCCGCCGCCGCAGCAAAGCCAACUGCUACUUCCGAAAAGGAAAAGAUAGCAGCGCCGAAACCAGCUUUCUCCUUUGGUGAUAUUAUGGCCGACUUGAACAAACCAAAGCAGGCACCAACCCCCAAGCCUGCUGAAGACCAGCCCCCGGAGACUGAAGCUGAGCGCACAAAGAGGUUACGCAAAGAAGAGCGCCGUAAACUUCGCGUGACAUGGAAGCCAGAUGAUGCUCUUACCGAAGUUCGACUAUUCACCCACGAUCCCGAUGAAGAACUAGGUCCCGGCGAUGGGUCAUUGCGUUCACGGGGAGACGUUAAAGGUGAAGGUAGUGUUCUUAAGCUCCACAAAGAUUUGGACGAACUGGAAGAAGAGGAUCUCGGUGGUAUUCGCGAGACUGUAUUUCAAGAUGGUUAUACUCUUUCGAUGGUCGAUUUCGAUUUCGAUGAAUCAAAAGACGGCAGUUUCGUUAAACGCGGUGGCCCCCAGCUGCCAACGAGUCCCGAGAGGGAGGCCCAGGAGCAUCGGGAAUCUACUACCCUUAUGGUCUUCUAUACUUCUCCUGCCGACAUGCCUGACACACCCAAGGAGCCACCAACUCCUGACCCCGACGAUGUCGACGCCGAUGUGUUGCCUUUCGGAGAGUUGCCCGACAUGAUCAAGGUCCGCCAGGAACGUUAUUAUUCCUACAUGAACCCCAAGCCUGCGGCACCCCAACAAAGCCAACAACCGCAGCAACCUACUCCCGGGGACAGUGGAUUUGACAUUUCGAAUUUGCUCAAAAUCAUCCAGGGUGUGCCUGGACAGGCGCAGCCAACCCCACCGCCGCAGGCAACUCAACCCGGGGCCAUGCCGGAUCUGGAGAGGACCAUCAACAUGUUCCGUCAGCAACAACCUCAAUCCCAAAUCACCCCGGCUGCACCAAUACUCACUCCUCAACCUCAAGGUCUUGACUUCAACACGAUCUUGAAUGUCAUGAAACAGAUGCAGGCGCCGGCUGCAUACUCCCAGCCUCAGCAAUCACAACCAGCCAUGGCACCCAACCUUGGCGCCAUGUUCGCACAAUUCGGUGGGCAGAACCAACAGGCUGGUGCUUUCCCAUUCCAACAGCAAGGCCAUGAGUAUGAAGACCCAGAGCGCAAGCGAGGCCGUGAGGGCGGGUAUUAUGACGACCAGUCUAACUCCGAAUCGUGGAGCCGCUCGAAACGGACCAGAGUUGGCGGCAAUGAGGCCAAGCCUUAUAAGGUGGGACUAGUUGCCUGCAGAUUCUGGGCUGAGGGCAAGUGUCGCAAAGGCGACAACUGCACUUUCCGGCACGACCCUCUCUAA